AUGAUGAUCCUGGCAGUGACGGCAGUGAAAACACUGCAAGUCGCAAAACGUCGUUUACUGACAGCUCAUCCAGAGAGUGACGAGAUCCCGGAACUGGUAGAUGAUGAUGAUGAUGAUGAGCAAGACGAUGAUCAAGAAACACAGGAUGGUGAAAAUUCAGAUGAGGAGAUAUCGGAUGAAGCAGAUGAGGAGUUCAUCAAAAAGCAAAUUGAAAAAUUGAUAAUUCGACGGAAUAAAAAAGAUAACGAAGCUCGUUUGAGGUAA